AUCACACAAACUUAGUACAAGUAUUCAAUGAGCAGAACGACGCUAACAAGCCAAGAAAAUACUGCUAUCGUUGAUAAAUACAAGAAUGAAUUCUGCCAGGAAGUGGAGGAAAUUCUCAAGGAUGUUUUCCCCAAGAAAAUAAUAGAGCUUGACAAGCUUUAUAAGAGUGAUCAACUAAAGCUGAGUAGAGCUGAAGAAGUUAAGGAAGCGGCUAAAGCCUCGCUGAAGGAUGUGAUAGCUCAAAAAGAAGCAACUAGUAUUCCACCAGCAGCCAAGAGGAAACGCAACGCAUCGUCUUCCAUUGAAAACGGAGAUGACACUAAGAAGGAGAUUCGAUUUAGCACUAAAGUUAGCUGCAAUCCAGUUGUUACAGAGCUGAUAGGAUUUUUAAAGCCAGAGAUAAGAGAACUUAUAGAGUACUGUAACAAAAUAAAGAUGUGGAUACAACUACUCAUACCAAAGAUAGAAGAUGGCAACAACUUUGGCGUUUCAAUUCAGGAAGAGACAAUCUCUGAAGUAUCAACAUUUUGUGAAUUUGCAAAGGGCUCCUUCGAUGAUAUGUCUCGGUACUUCGUCACGCGGGGGAAAGUUUCCUCUAAGAUCGUCAAAUACCCGCACUUGGAAGAUUACGUAAAGUACCUGACCGAGUUAGACGAGAAGCAGUUUCUGCAUAUCCGAGUGUUCACUAACGAGCUCAAGAUGAUCUAUUGUUGUAUGUUUGAUAUCAUCAACAAAAACCUGGAGAAGAUCAAGCAGCCGAGGAGUCAAAUGAGUUCGAACCUCUACUGAGCAUUCAGUUAAAAUCAUCUUAUGCAGAGAAACCCCCUCUUGAUGUCACGGACUGUUGAACAUCGUCACUAUCAUCGCAAAUUCGGGAGAAUUCUUUUAGAUUUG